AUGCCGGGCAAAUAUAUCGAAAACUACAACCAUGUCCCAGAGACCAAGGAAGAUCUUGAUUACGCAGAGCUUAUCACCCUUGAUUUGGAACUUUAUGAGCAGCCAGGAGGAAAGGAAAAGCUCGUGAAGCAACUGGAUCAUGCAGUUCGAAAUGUUGGCUUCUUCUACGUGAAGAAUUUCGGCAUCAGCCAGGAAGAGGUGGAUCGCCAGUUUGCUUUUGGACGCGAAUUUUAUGCCCUUCCACUUGAGGAAAAGCUGAAGUUUCACAAUGCCGAAGACCUCGCGAGAGGCGAAUACAAUGGCUACAGACCAGCUGGACACAGAAUCCUCGGAAAUGGUAUCAGAGAUAACGUGCAGGUGUACAAUAUUCCAAAGUUUGAUGGUCACCACCAGCGACAGCAGCCUCCCGUCCUUGCUGAAAACAUCGAAGAAAUUGAGGCCUUUAGCCGGAAAUGCCACACCGAAGUUGUAGAGAAGCUUCUCCGCCUCUUCGCAAUUCUACUCGAGCUUCCUGAUGAAGAUCAGCUCGUGCGCGACCACCAAUACGAUGUCAAGGGCGAGGAUCACCUACGGUACAUGCACUAUGCAGCCCGCAGCGUAGAAGAGAGUAUGUAUCUAACAGCUCGUCGUCACCAUGACCAUAGGGCUGACCAGGAACAAUUUGCAGACAAGAAAGUGGGCGAACUAUACAGCCCGGGCCAUACAGAUCUCGGAACUGUCACCCUUCUCUUCCGCCAGCCAGUUUCAGGUCUCCAGAUCCUCAAUUCUGAGGGCCAAUGGAAAUAUGUCAAGCCUCAGAAUGCCACAUUGACAGUCAACACUUGUGACAGUCUAACUGCUCUCACAGGCGGGUUGAUCAAGAGUAGCAUUCACCGUGUACAUGCGCCUCCUUCAGAUCAGGCUCACAUUGACCGACUGGGGGUUCUCUAUUUUGCUCGUCCCAACAAUCAUAUUGUCCUGGACCCAAUCCAGAACAGCCCCGUUCUCCAGAGACUUGGCUUGACCACUAACGCUUUCACUGAGCUGGGUCAACAUUUAACCACUGAGCAGUGGGUUCAGGUCCGACAGACACAACAGCAACGCCGCAACCGCGAUGUGAAGGUUACUACUGAAGGAAAGUAUACCUACAAGCCUAAGGACCUUGAGAUAAUUCCAGGGUUGCAAGCUACUAUCUACAACUAG